AUGCAGUCCCCUACAGUACGUGUCGCGGUCACCCAGUUGGAACCCGAAUGGAUCGAUCUACAAAGCUGCAUCGACAAAGUAUGUAAAUACAUCGCCGAGGCUGCGCAGAAUGGCGCAAAACUGGUCACCUUUCCGGAAUGUUUUGUUCCAGGAUAUCCGGCUUGGAUAUGGAGUCGCCCCGUCGAUCCUGAGCUCACAACGCGGUAUAUUCGCAACAGUCUUCGCCGAGACUCGCCUGAGAUGCGCCGGAUUCAGGCUUCUGCUGCUGAAAACAUGAUCAAUGUUGCGCUAGGAUUCUCUGAAAAUGACAACAACUCGCUUUAUAUCGCACAAGCACUACUCUCCUCCAGCGGAGAGAUGCUCUUCUGCCGCCGGAAGAUGAAGCCAACGCACAUGGAGCGGACUAUUUUUGGAGAAUCGAGCGGUGAUAGUCUCCUGAAUGUUCAUGAUGUGGGCGAUGGGGUAGGGAGAGUCGGGUGUCUUAAUUGUUGGGAACAUAUUCAACCGCUGUUGAAGUUUCAUACCUUUUCACAACAUGAGGAACUCCACGUGUCUGCAUGGCCGCCCUUGAUGCUGUAUACCGGGGGUUCAGAAUUGUGGUCAAUGUCAAGAGAAGGCUGUCGGUCUCUUUCUCAAACAUAUGCCGUAGAGUCCCAGACAUUUGUUUUGCAUACAACUGCCGUUAUCAGUCAAAAAGGCAUAGACACAAUGCAGUGCGGUCCUGGUCUUUUUGGCCGCCCCGGAGGCGGAAGCAGUGCGAUAUUUGCCCCCGAUGGUCGCCAAUUAUCUGUUGAUAUCCCAGAGACCGAGGAAGGCGUGAUUUAUUUGAAUCUUGACCUUGAUAUGCUCUUGAUAGCAAAGAGCUUUGCGGAUGCAACAGGCCACUAUUCGAGGCCCGAUUUACUGUCUUUGGCUGUGAGCACAAAGUCAAAGAAAAUUGUUACAGAGGUGGACACAAGCUAG